AUUCUACGACAUAGUUAGUGACGAGGAGGCUAAUAUAAUGAUGGAACUCGCUCAACCUCAUUUGAAUAGAGCUACGGUGCACAACAAGAACACAGGUAAAUUAGAGAACGCUGAGUACCGAGUGAGCAAGACAGCGUGGCUGGAUGACGACAUGACUGAGGACAAGGGGCGGAUCGUCCGCAGGAUAAACCGGAGGAUGGAAGACGCUACGGAGCUCAGUCACGACUACGCAGAACUCGAUCAGGUUAAUAACUAUGGUAUGGCUGGCCAGUACGAGCCCCAUUAUGAUAUGAAAACACUUAGAGACAUAAAAGUACAGAAACUCGGUCCGAGCGAGGCGGGUAACCGAGUGGCGACACUAUUGAUUUAUCUCCAAGAGCCAGUUGAUGGGGGUGCCACCAUAUUCACCGAUGGUGGCGCGCGGUUACUUCCAAAAAAGAAUGCGGCUGUCUUCUGGUAUAACCUGUUGCCAAAUGGAGAUCCGGACCUUCUCACACGUCACGCUGGGUGCCCUGUCUUGGCAGGUACAAAGUGGGUGAUGAACAAAUGGUUCCACGUCAACGAUCAGAUAUUCACCCGACCGUGCGAUCUGCAACAAUUCAAACGAGAAAAAGAGGCUAAACUUUACAAUGGACAGUACACCACUUGACUUGUUGGUGAAUUGGGAGAUUUGAGCUAAAAGUUAAAAUUCUAGUUGGAGUUUAUGUCCAAUAAUCAAUUAUUAUAUUAUUAUAUUAAAAUUUCAUUUAUAUUUUGCAGUGAACUGCAUUAACUUUCUAGCUAUUGUCAAUAACCAAUUGUAAAUAUGGUUUUUUUCGUAAGUUUAGGUAUUGAUGCCCUUGCCGUUUAUUUACUUUUUAAAGAUUUACUGUAUUAUAUUAUUUUUUGUAAAAUUUCUAUUUUUCUGGCAAUUUUGUACAAUAGCAUGCCCGGUUUUCAAUCUUUAACUUCUGUUUCUCUCACAUAUUACUGGGAUUACUUAAUAUUCAUACUAAAUUUACACUUACAUGUUCCAUGUGAAUAUAACGAAAAGGGGAUUUAUCUUCAUUCUUAUUACAUUUAUACUACUAUAUUGUAUUUUCAUUUCAAUUUUUAUAAAAAA